ACAACGUCGAACGCAGUAAAACAAAGAAAACAUAAAGUGCUAAAUUCAGAAGAAAUUAGUUCUGUAACUGAUGCAGAUUGACAUUAAACUGUUUAAAAUAUCCCUCUCCGCUGCAUUUCAUAAAACCGAAACUCAGACAUGUUUACGAAAAUAGUCUUGAUUUUCACGUUGAAUUUCUGUGUGAUAUAUUGCGAGGAUUGUUUGGAGGGGACGUACUUUGACCCCGUCACUGCAAGAUGCGACCCGUGUUAUUUCAUUUGUUUCAUGGCGGAAAUACAAGACACUGUAGACCAAUGCCAUGAAAGGUGCCCAAAUUACACCAAAAAUGUCUCCACUUCUCGCAUGAUCCACCAGCUGAAGGUAGGUGCAAGCGCCACAAGCUGUGAAACGCAGACGACUCUGCUUAUCUCAGUCGUCUUGCUGCUCAUCACCGUGACGUCAGUGUUCUUGGUCCACGUCCGCUACACGCAUCUGAAGCUGAGUCCUAGUGACCAGAAAGGAGCUAGCGGCUGGAGGGCAUGUUGUAGAAAGGAUCUGUACCCAGACUUGGUCUCACAGACAAAUGCUUUUCUCACACCAAUAUAAUUCUAUGUGUAUGUAUUGCAUUGUAGAUCUAUGAUAGGGCCUACAUAAAAUAUAUUCAAACAAUACCCUAAUCUUAAUUUUAAACCCAAGUCUUAAUUUUCGAACUGAACAAACAAUCGGGAUUCAAAAUGAUAUUUUAAGAAGAGGAACUCACGUCAGCACUACAUACGCUAAAAAGCAUGUCACCAAUUCAGUAAAACCGAGAACUGCUAUGCUUGCCACAGAGAUGUGUAACUGGACUCAUGUGGUCAGUAAACGUCUGCAGUUUGAUUUGAAUCAGCAUCAGUGUAACAGGUAAUCCAGUGCUUGAAACGUGAAGAGUGCCACUAAAUUUUGAACAACAGUUUUAAUGUCGCUUCUUAUUAUAUCUGUGAUUUACCCUAAGGGUGAGAUGUUUGUAGUGGGUUUAUUUAUAACUAUUUAUGCCUAAGGUGCACACAUCACCUCAGCUACAUAUAUACUGAUGAAAAGAAAUAAGGGAUCACACCAACACCAAUAGUAACUGCAAUCAAAACCCUAAUUCAUAAUGUUUAGUCAGGAAGUUAACCGUGUUACUUACAUUCAGUCUAACAUAACUGACAUCCAAUCCCAAACUGCAAGCAGACAUUACGGCGCUAAUGUACAGUGACUGAAAUUUGGUCUACAAUACCAAGUGUUACCCUAUUGCUUUUUCUCGGUAUAUAUUAUCAUUGUCUAUAGAAUUUGAUUUGAUGUACAUUAUGUAGCAAGGUCGAAUCUAGGAGUGACAGGGAGGCAGUUGCCCCUACAGAAAAAUGGCCCUUUUUAAAAGUACACUUUUGUUUAGUCUAGCUAAUAAAUAACUUUAUAUUACUGUUGCCAGAUUCUCCAUCUCCCCUCUGUGUCUUUGUCACAUCCCUCUCUCUCUCUCUCUCUCUCUCUCUCUCUCUCUCUCUCUCUCUCUCUCUCUCUCUCUCUCUCUCUCUCUCUCUCUGCUUCUUUCUCUGCUUCUCCCUUUAGACUAGGUACGACCCAAUUGUGGAUUAAAAUAAUAGUAAUUUUCAUAUUUUUCAAUGCAUUUAUUUUAAUUUAAACAAUUAAGAUUUUAUAAAAUCUUAUUCGUUACUGAUGCAUGAGAUUAAUAAAAGUCGCAUUGGAUUUCUUGCAGGUUGUGUGCUACACAGAGCAAACAU